AUGGGCACCCAGCUCCAGCUCCCAGGGCCACAGCCAGUGCUGGAGCAGCUGAGGGAUCCAGCCCAGACCUCAGCCUGGAUCCCACCAGAUCCCAGCUCCACCUCGGGACUCUCCCUGAGCUCUCUCCCAGCACUUUUUGAAUCUUCCAAAGCUCCACCUCGGCGCCAGAUCCCUCCUGGCUCCUCCAGAACCUUCCUGGGUCCUCCAGACCCCACCUGGACCUUCCAGGCUCCACCAGGGUCCUCCAGAUCCCUCCUGGCUCCUCCAGAUCCCACCUGGACCUUCCAGGCUCCACCAGGGUCCUCCAGAUCCCUCCUGGAUCCUCCAGAUCCUGCCCAGCUCCACCAGAUCCCUCCUGGACCUUCCAGAUUUCACCCGGAUCCUCCAGAUCCUUCCUGGAUCCUCCACAUCUCUCCUGGAUCCUCCAGAUCCCACCAGGAUCCUCCAGAUCCUUCCUGGCUCCACCAGAUCCCUCCUGGACCUUCCAGAUCCCACCUGGACCUUCCAGAUGUCACACAGGUCCUUCAGAUCCCUCCUGGGUCCCCCAGAAGUCACACAGAUGCUCCAGACUCCACCAGGAUCCUCCAGAUCCCACCUGGAUCCUCCACACUUCUCCUGGAUCCUCCAGAUCUCACACAGAUCCUCCAGACUCCACCAGGAUCCUCCAGAUCCCUCCUGGACCUUCCAGACUCCACCAGACCCCCCAGAUCCCUCCUGGAUCCUCCAGAUCCCACCUGGACCUUCCAGAUUUCACACGGAUCCUUCAGAUCCCACCUGGAUCCUCCAGACUCCGUCAGGAUCCUCCAGAUCCCUCCAGGCUCCACCAGAUCCCUCUUGGAUUCACCAGGUCCCUCCUGGCUCCACCAGCCCCUCCUGGAUCCCUCAGAUCUCCUCAGAUCCCUCUCUGGUGGCACCGUGUCCAGGACUGGACUCUCGGGACCCCGCGGGGCCUCGGACGCUUGGACACCCCCAGAUCCCCCCUGGACACCCCCAGAUUCCUCCAGAUCCCUCCUAGAUCCACCUUGACCCCGGGAUUUGGGUGGUCCCAGGAGGUCCCCAGGGGUCUCUGGGGGGUUUUGGUUGCUCCCAUGGAUCCCUCCUG